ACAAAAACAAAACUCAAAUAUUCCUAUUGUGCAUGAACGCCGUCUGACACGGGCGCGCGUGCGGUUUCUGAUUGGGCUGCUGAUGUCUCGGAAAAACAGGUUACGCCAUAUUGUCCCGAGCCUUUCAGAGGAGAGCACUGCAUUUCUGCAAAAAUGACAAAAUAUCUUUAUUUUACAGGCUUACUUUAUCCACGGUAUACGCUAAGAUGGCGCACACUGGGGCAAUGGAAGACUCCUCCGAGGAGGACUGCUCUGCCAAGCAGGGGUCUAGUAUCUGCCUGCGAAGUCGACCGUGCUCCACCGAGAGAGACGGUCAGGUACGGGCUGUCAAAGCCGCUCUUCAGUCCCGAUUGGGGCCCUACGAGCCCGUCCUGACCUACCUACAGUCCGUCCUGGUGUGGGAGAGACCCUUUCAGUGUGUGCUCUUCUACAUCUUGGUCAACGUUGUGUUCUGGUUCUUUGCCCUGACCUCACUGCGCCUGCUGUUCCUGCUGGCAUCCGGUCUGGCUGUGGUUGUCUGUGUUGAUACCUGGAGAAACAAGAUCUGGCCAGAAAUUAGAGUAAGAAACCCGGAUGAAUCAGAAAAUGAGAGCUGGGGUCUGGUGCAACCUGGCAUUCUCAGUGUACCUGAACUGUCCCACCAUAUCGCUGAGGCCUGGGUCAGUGGAGCAGUUCUCACAUCCACUGUGGUACAGUACAAACGACACAACCCUGGAAAGUUUUGCAUCCUGACCUGUGGACUGUUUACCUGUUUGGCUGUGGUUGGGCGCUACAUUCCAGGAUUGGUGCUCUCCUACUCUGCUGUGUUAGCUACCCUCCUGGCCCCCCUGGCAGCCUAUCACAGGGUUUUUCCGCACGUGUACGUGAAGCUGGAGCCGGUCCUGCAGCGGCUGGACUUCAGCGUUCGUGGAUACAUGAUGUCAAAGCCUAUUGAUAAUCAGUUCCUGCGGAGGCCUAUCCAUGGUGCAGCCUCAGGUGAAGCCAGUGACAGUGAAGAGGAGUUGGCUGCUUUCUGUCCAACAUUCGAUGAUGCUGUUGUUGCGAAGGAACUUGCACUGACAGACUCCGAGCACUCCGAUGCUGAGGUGUCCUACACUGACAAUGGAACAUUUAACCUAUCGCGUGGGCAGACCCCACUCACAGAGGGCUCUGAGGACCUUGACAGACACAGUGAUGCUGAGGAAUCCUUUGCUCAAGAUCUCCCAGACUUCCCCUCCAUAAAUCCAGAUGCCACUCUGAUGGAUGAUGACGACGACACAAGCAUCGGGCUACCUAGUCUGUGUCUAUCUGGGCUAGCUAGUCAUCGGGUUUCAGUGCUGGAUGUGGAGUCUCAUCUGGACUCUGACCAGGACGAUCUGGAUACAGAACUUUCUCUCAGCGGCCUGCCACCUGCCUCUGAUUUCGCCGGAGACUUGGCCGGAGUCAUCGCCAGCAACAUGAUCCAAACAGCGUUUGCCGCGGCAAUGCAACCUCGGCCUCCUGCUACCAAGCGCAGAGAAGGCCCACCCAAGGCCGGAGCCAGCCGAAGCUACCGCAAGCAGUCCAGCUCUGAGCUGGACACAGACUUGGAGGGAGAGGACUUUGAAAUGCUGGAUCAGUCUGAACUGAACCAGAUGGAUCCCCUCGGAGGAGGUGGGGGUACUAGACGAGAGAGCCAGGGGUCAAACUUCUUAUCUAGCCUGCUGGGUAAACCACAGUAAGGUGUGUGUGUGCGUGUGUGUGUGUGUGUACUUGUUCAUAAGCAUGUGAGAUUGUGUGUUAUGAGUGUGAAAGAUGAUUUUAGGUUCCAGCAGCCCUGCUUCUGAUUGGCAUCAGUUAUCACUGUGAAGUAUUUUAUUUUUUCUAUCUUUUCAAACUCUUUCUCCCCUACUUUCAAACCCUGAUCAUCCAGAAAACCUUUACUUUGUAGGCUGAGCAAUAGGAAAUGCAGCAACAAAAAUAAAACACAUUAAUAAACCAGCAUUAUUGAGCCUUGAUGCAGUCUUGUAUCUUAUGCACCCAUAAGUUAUAAGGGUACUUGUUAGUGACUAUACAUAAAGAACAACAGUGCCCCGUAAAAUCUUUUGUACUAGGAGGUCUACACAGGGCUAUUUAACAUGGGACCAAAUAUGACAUUUCUGUUGGUUGAGCUGAGCCAUGUUGCUUUGAUAUUGUCAUUAUGGAACAGCAUUUCAUGUUUACGUUUCUUUAGUGAGUGGAGCGACUGAGGUAGAUAAAUCAGCCCCCACUUUUUCCAUCACCUUUUGUCAAAGAAACAGCAGUUUGCGUUGCUGUUGUUGUUAGUCCUCUGCUGUCCUUUCAAGUGACACAGGGCUAUAAUCUGUUAGAAGAUGAUUUACUCGUUGUUACAGGUAUACAGACAUGAAUUUACUUUUUUUUUUUUUUAAAGCACUUUUCAGUAGUUGAGGAUUUGGACAGUGAUUCUCCUCUGUCAUGAAGAUGAAUAUUUUUUGGCUAAAAGCUUCAUUU